UAAAGUGCCAGAUGGUCCACCUACCGAGGACAGCGCAAGUUGAAGCAUUAUCAAGUUCAUUCGGAUUUCUCGCCAAGUUGCACAGUGUUGAUUAGAAGGGCUUUCCAUCAAACGGGAAACCAUUUACCGCACCGGGGGUGUCAGUAGAACAAGGCAAACCAUUUGGGCACAGUUUUAACAGUCGGAAUGUCCCUUUCAUUGUUUAUCACCUCUCACCUCAAUUUAACUCCAACUUGCCUAGAGCACGUUUUUGUUUCAGCCAAAUCUAUGGCCUUGAUCCACUUACAAAUCCCAUUGAGCUUUCAACCUUCCAGUGAUCAACAAUUUCCCAAAACAAAAAAGGCGAAAUGACUAGCCUACUACUAUGAGAAAAAACGUGAAUUGACUACCGUCAUAGUACCUCGUGAGCAGGACGGACUAGUCUAGAGAAUAAGGCUUAUCUUGUGUUUAGUGGAAGGUGUAGCAACAUCCACAUUGAAGAGCUCCCAGUCAGUAGCAACUUUUCACAAGAAUUGCAGAUAAUUAAACUACAAUGAGUGAAGAAGCAAACAACAAUAAUGAGCAGCAACCUAAAGUUUCAAGACGCUUGGAGAAGAGGAAAGGAUUAGAACUGCUCAUUUACGACUUAAAGCAGCCUAAACUUAUCCCCAUUAAACUGUUGACCUUCAUCAUUCUGUCAGGUGUAGGAGUGCUAUUACCAUUUACAACUAUUCACAUGAAGUCAUUGGGAAUGAGUUAUCAAGAAGUGGGUGCCAUUUAUGGUGUUUCUUCAGUCGCUGCGAUUCUAUCGCCUUUUCUCCUCGGAUUAAUCGCUGACAAACUCGGAAAUUUCAAGGUGAUGAUGAGCAUCGUACAUGCUUCUCUCGGUAUUGUAGCGCUACUCUUCUUAACUGUGCCACCAAGCAAAGUGUGGCAUCCUUAUCCGGAGAAUUUAACAUUUGCACUCGGCUGCACGGACACUAAUCCACUGCAUUUGAAUUCAGCUACUCUUGCAUUGGCCGACCUCGACUCGAAUCCUUGCCACGUUCGUCCAGAACUAAUUCGUGAAAAGUUAAACAACAUGUCAGUAGCACUAGAAGAAUGCGGCUAUAUAUGCUACGACAACAAUCGCCCGUCUGACGUGAGAAAUGAGGAGUUGAACGAGCCCACAACAGAAGUGGACCCUACUUUGCCGAAGGUUGCGCUCAAGAAAGUUGUCCUACCCAAAAUGGAAUUUCGUGAUGCAGUUUUUUUCCCGAAUUAUUGGAGCCUAGAUGUGACUUGUUCUCCAACUCGUAACGACGACCAUAUCUGCGAGUUAAAUCGAAAAAAUGUUAGCGAGCCAACCCAAGUGAACGCAACGCUCGGAUUGGAUUUGACCAGCAAUACGGCCAACUCUAGCGGAAGGUUCCCUGUCAAAUGGAUGACGAUGGAAGACGGAAUUUACAGCGGACAGAAAUUGAGCAAUUUCGAGUGCGGAUCGUAUGGUGAAGAUCAGAAAUUCCGUCAAACGGUGUACUUUAAAGACUCUAAUCAAGCGGAUAACAACCGAGCCGUCUAUCAGUUCUGCAGACCUCAGUGUGUAGUGCGGAUUGAUCGCUCUGAGCUUUGUUCUAACAAGGCUUUAGUAGAGGUGUUUAAUCCUCAGCUGACCUUUUGGCUGUACAUGUUGUUUCGCCUUAUCUUUGACGUGCUACUGGGAGGGCUGGACCUCUUUGUCGGAGCUUCUGUGGCUUUAGUCAGCGAAUUGGGGGGGGAUUAUGGUUUCCAGCGGAUGUUUGGAUAUAUUGGUAUAGCUGUCUUUUCGCCUAUUUCUGGGCGUUUGAUUGAUGAGUUUAGUCCAGAUUUAAAUAUCUUGGGAAACACCAGGCCUGCCUUUUAUCUUUUCGCCGGCCUCUUUGGAGUUGCAGCCAUCGGGAUGCUAACAGUUCAUCUGGAUUUCAAACUUCCAGCGAAAAGGCUGCUAAGAGACGUCGGAUCCUUACUCAAAAACGUUGAAUUGGAUGUGUUACUUGUAAUCGCCUUUGUUUCCGGAAUCUGCAACGGGUAUGGGUUUUAUUACUUGUUUUUAUUCUUGGAAGAAAUUGGGGGCACCAGCUCUUUGAUGGGGCUGUCUAAUACGUUCCAGUGUCUUUCGGUAAUUCCGUUGCUUGUCUUCUCUGACCGCAUUUUCCGCAAAUUAAGUCAUCCCAACGUUCAAGUCCUUUGCUUUGCGGUGAACGUCAUUCGUUUAAUCGGAUAUUCAUAUUUGCACGAUCCACGAUUGUGCCUCCUUUUGGAAUCGUUGGAUGCAAUUUCCUGGAAUUUUGCGCGAACGUCACAUGUAGCAUAUGCCAACCAACUUGGAACAACAUCUACUGUGGCAUCCAUUCAGGGAUUGCUGGGCGGAAUCACCUUCGGCUUUGGAUUUGGAGUUGGAAGUUUUGGUGGAAGUUUACUUAUUGGAGCCUACGGGUUGCGAGUGACCUUUCGCAUUUUGGGUGCCAUCUCUUUCAUCACUGGCUUAUUCUACUUCCUUUUCAACAUCUUUUACUUACGACGGAAGAGGACUGAAGCUGUCAAUAAUGUUGACGCUGAUGAAGUUGCCGUUGAACCAACUGUUAUGUCAAAUGAUACUUCGAGGCGUUGAUGUGAGGGAUUUGAAAUAUCCCUACAACCACUGUCAUUUUUUUUGCACAGAAUCCCAUUUCAACUAAAACGGUAGUCUAAAUAAGAUAUCCAUGAAUUUUAUUCCAGAGCAUCAAUAUAUCAAACUACAGUUAUAUCGCACUAGGAACGCUGGUAUCAUAACUAUUAAUUUCUAUUUUAUUUUAUUCUUAAACAGAGUGUUAGUAACAACUACGUUAAGUAGCUUGCAUCAAGAUCGUUCCACGGAAGUAAGAGCGAAAUCGAAAUUUCGAUUAGCUUCUGCUAUUAGCAGUUAAAGUUUACUGUAACGAACUAGCUAAUCUUAUUUAUGUUGUAAUUAUAUAACGCUUCGUUUCGUAACAAGCAUUUAAAUAUCAGUUAUUUUCUUUUGCAGUUUCAAUCGAGUUCUGUACAAGAAGCUUGGUAUUCCUACAACAGAUGGCAUUUGUUGUUUACAGUAGCCAAAUGGUUUUAAACAACAGGUAGAAUCAUUGAGACCCUUUAUCGUUAGUUCUAUCGUUUCAGGCCACACAAAUAACGACUCGCACAAGUGGGAUCUGACGUCAACACUGACAGUAUCUGUUGUUGGGAGUCUUUUAUGACCUUUAAAGAAAAAAAAAUAGAUAAAGAAGAAACUAGCCCUCGGCAUCUUUCUCCACCGCCACCCAACCCUGGUUAUUAUUUGGAUGUACGUCGAUAAAACAGAAAGGAAUUAUUUCCGGUGAUUGGGGCCAUUUAAAACAACGAUCAUCUUCACCGGGAUUGAAUGCAUUUCGAGGGGCGGUGUUUUUAUUUUAUAUUCAAGAGGCUUUUUAUGGAGAAUCGGAGGAGGAGUCCUGGAUAUAAUCCAUUCCCAUUCGAACAUCCAACUUUCUCUAGCGGUCAAAUAAAAAUAAAAGAAGAAGAAGAAAAAAAUCUCAAGAACAACAUCCCAGGUGCUUACCUUACAAAAAAAUUAAUAAUAAUGGAUUUUAGAAAUGCGUUAGCAAACGGUUCGGUGUGUUUUUCAGCCCAAGAACGAGAGGUUAUUACUUUCCGCUUUGUCGUUAAAAAAGUAAACCCAAACACACCGAAAAGAAAAGGCCGUCUCUCACGCACUUUAUGUACUUAUGGGUACAGGCAUUUACCUAUUAUUGGUAACAGGUGUCAAACGAUACCCAGCGGGGUUAGUGAAAAACUUUUGUACACAGUCAACUACACUGUGUGACAAGUGGGAGGAGGAAGAGCCACACAUCGAGCACACCCACUUUGUACAAAAAUGUAAAUUAACUGAAGAAAACCUCAAAAAAAAAAGAUGCGUUUAUUAUAGAACAAAUGGAACAUACAUACAAAAAAAAAUGAAAAAAAUACACGAUAAUGUUAAUUAAUAA